AUGUGCAUAAGUUGGCUCCUCGAGGCAUUAAUACAAGUGGUCGUGGAAGUUUCUAAAGUUGGUUUGAUUGCUUAUGUAUCGAAAGACCCUGGAAACGGUGAAAUAGUUCUAGAAAGUGGAGCACUGGUAUUGAGUGAUAGUGGUGAUUGUUGCAUAGAUGAGUUUGACAAGAUGUCAGAUAAUGCUCGUAGCAUGUUACAUGAGGUUAUGGAAAAACAAACAGUGUCAAUUGCAAAGUAUGUACAUAAGUUGGAUCCUCAAGGUAUUUAUUCAAGUGGUCGUGGAAGUUCUGCAGUUGGUUUGACUGGUUAUGUAUCAAAGGAUGCUACAACUGGUGAAACAAUUCAAGAAAGUGGAGCACUGGUAUUUAGUGAUAGGGGUAUUUGUUGCAUAGAUGAGUUUGACAAGAUGUCAAAUAAUGCUCGUAGCAUGUUACACGAGGUUAUGGAACAAAAAACAGUGUCAAUUGCAAAGGCUGGGAUCAUAGCAUCUCUUAAUGCAAGGACAUUGGUUUUAGCUUGUACCAAUCCUAGCGGUUCACACUACAACCUUAGACUUUUAGUUAUUGAUAUUAUCCAACUUUCUCCAAUAUUGCUUUCGAGGUUUGAUUUGAUCUGCCUAGUACUUGAUAAAGCAGAUGAACAAAUAGAUCAAUUCCUUGCAAGGCAUUUUGUUGCAUUGAAUUAUGAUGAGCCCAAGGACCAAACACUGGAUGCAUUGGACCUCCGAACCCUCACUUCAUAUAUCACUUAUGCAAGACAAUAUAGAAAUCCUAAAAUAUCUGAUGAGGUUGCAACGGAAUUUUAA